AUGUACAAUGUCAGUAGCAACCUCGGACAGAACCACCUUCAGAUUGCUGCAGGGGUUAGUCCAGACUACCAAAGGAUUAGAUCAAACAAUGCUCUUCACCACAUAAGCCAGAUCCUGAUGGAGGACGUUGAUGAGAGGGUCGGCUUGCAUGAAGGGGAGGCCGCCCUUCAGGCUGCUGAGAAGGCCUUUUUUGAUAUUCUGGAGCAGGUAAACCCGCCUUCACUCGACUGGUCACCGCUCCAUCACAGCGGCGAAGCAGGAGAAGGACCAGGUGAGGGUAGCAACAGUUAUCACAAAAGGCCUCGCAGAAGCAGUUUCACUACUGACAUUUCCAGUCACAGCAUGUUUUUCGAGGAAUCCAGUCACAGAAUGUUGCAGCCCUUGCCAGCCCCAUUGAUUCCAAAUAGCUAUGGCAGGAGUCUUUUCCUGCCAUAUCAGCAGCCACUGGCAAGCACUGGGAGGACCUCAAGAUUUGGUUUCUCUGCCUUGGAAAUUAGAAGAGAAGCCGAGGAUGGGAACAGGUUUGAUAAGAUGGUGAUCUGUUUGGAAAAAGACAAGCUUUCGAUCUGCAGACUGACCACUACUAAGGCAAAGAUAGUAGCCAGGAAGAGCAAAUAUGCAAUCUUUCAGAUUACCGACUACAGGAACAGUCCAUAUAUCCAAGAUUCGGAUACCAGGGAAGGGAGAAGUAAAAACUAUACCAUCACUUGCGAAAUAAGCCGAAACGAAAAGUUCGACAGGGUCCUGCUAUGCUAUGGUCUGGACUGUUUCAUUGAAACAGCAAGGCUGAGAGACAUGGCUGCAAAGGAAGCAAGUGAAACUUCACCAAAGGGUCAAAGCAAAACACCUGCUCGACAGAAGUUGCGGGGUACUAGGCAGCUCAAGAAAGAGGUGGUCGACCUCAGGACCCUCCUCAACCACUGUGCACAAGCUGUUGCAGCUGACGACCGUCUCUUGGCUGGUGAGCUCAUCAAGAAGAUAAGGCAGCACUCCUCGAGAGAUGGAGACUGUUGCCAGAGACUGGCAUUUUACUUCGUGAAUGGCCUUGAGGCACGCCUGGCUGGGACGGGGAGUCAGUUGUUCCACAAGGUGCUGGCAAAGCGAAUAAGCGAUGAAGAUGUGUUGAGGGUCUACAACUUCUAUCUUACAGUUUGCCCUUUCCUCAGGGCAUCAUACACCUUCGCUAACCAAACUAUCUUGCAAGCUUCAGUGGGGCAAUCCAAGGUGCACGUCGUCGAAAUUGGUGUGUGCUAUGGGUUUCAAUGGCCGUCGCUGAUUCAGCUUUUCGGUGAGCAAGGAGUGCCUCCAAGGCUUCGGAUCACAGGUAUAGAAGUGCCUCGGCCUGGUUUCACCCCCUUGGAGAACAUUGAGCGGGCAGGGAAGCUGAUGGCGGACUAUGCAAACAUGUACAAGGUACCCUUUCAGUAUCAGGGCAUUUACUCACGAUAUGAAGAUAUUCAGAUCGAAGAUCUCAACAUUGAGGAGGAUGAAGUGCUUAUAAUCAACUGCAUGUACCAGAUGAAGAACCUCGGCGAUGAGACAGUAGCCAUCGAUAGCGCGAGGGAUAGGGUACUGAAAAUCAUGAGGAGGAUGAACCCAAAGGUGUUAAUUUUCGGCAUUCUGAAUGGAUUAUACAGUUCCCCCUUCUUCAUGACACGUUUCAAAGAGCUUCUGUUCCAUUACUCCUCGAUAUUUGAUAUGCUUGAUACAAAUGCUCCACGGGAUAAUGAAGAAAGAAAGCUGUUAGAGGGUGGAAUGCUUGGGCGGGAGAUCUUAAACAUCGUAGCAUGUGAGGGUGCUGACAGGAUUGAGAGGCCAGAAACUUACCAGCAGUGGCAAGGAAGGUGCCUCAAGGCUGGGUUCGAGCAGCUUCCUCUCGACCCUGCCGUCAUGAAGUCAAUGUUAUUGAUGAAGAAAGAAAUCUACCAUGAGCACUUUGUUGCUGAUGAAGACAACGGCUGGCUGCUACAAGGGUGGAAAGGCAGAGUACUGUAUGCACUGUCCAAAUGGAAGGUUAAUGAAUUAUGUGCUGAUCAGUAAGAUUCAGAUAGUUGGUGGUAUGCACCAUCUGUGCCUUGUUAUGCAAUCCUGAAGACGAUGAGUCCAGAACACUGUAGACUAUAAAUUACUUUUGUCAGGUGAGAUAGGAGAUUGUCAUGGAAGGAGGGAUUCUGGCUUGAUACUCCAAAUAUUUCUUUUUCUUCGGGUUUUUAACUGGCCCAUGAGGAAACAAAAUGGCUGUAAUACUUUGUUUUAUCAUUCUUUGAAUAUAUGCUCCGUAAACAGAUUGUUCUUUUUAUAAAAGUUCUAAGUGCCUAUUUUUCUUUUGUAUAAACACGUACUUCAGAUUCAUAGAGAAAUAAGUCUUGAAACCACAGCAAAGAACCAUUUUUUUUCAAGAAUGCGCAAGAGAGCUCGUAUCUAAGACGUAAAAAAUAGAGUUCAGUUUACAAAGGGGUCAAAGGCACACGCACAUGCAUGCGUCAUGCGCGUAAAAAGAAUUAUGGAAGCAACCAAAGAUCGAGCACACGCUAGGCCAGGCAACCAAACUAACAGUGCUACUCCAGCCAAGGGCAGCCAGAUGAACAACCUGUGUUCCUGUAGUUUCUUCAUGGUUGAAAAUGAAGAGCGUUCCUAUCCUUCCAAAUGUACCAAGUGAUCAGCGUGAAGAUCGAGUUGAUGCUGCGGCAAUGUUCUAGCAAAGAACCAUUAGUAUCCUCUUAAAAGUACUCUUAAAAUACUUUAUAGCGUAUAUCUCUAUGAUCACAGUCACACUGUGGAGGUACCUGAGCGAGAAAUUCUGGAACCAAAUACACCAGUCUGAAUGAAUAACAAUGUUGCAUAGUUUCUGACAGGAAACAUUUGCCAGGAAGCCAUUUGGAACACAAGCUGUUACCUUCAUGUCACUAUCGUACUUUCCAUAAAUGAGAAAUAAAUCAUAAAGAAGGUUACAAAAACCCAUCCUAUAAAAGGAAGACGCUGAAAAAAGAGAACAAGAAGAAAGUCCAAGAAUAGCAGAAAAUAAUUUGCCCGAUCACAUCGAGAAGAAAGGUUGAGCAUAAACACAACAAGAGAUUCCAGACCCUUCUAUAAGUUACCAGACAAUGACCAUUAUCUCUACGCCUGAAGGAGAGCGCUUAAUCAUCGACCUCCUCCCUCUACCAUCUCCUUGGGCUCAGAGACUUAAGAGAAAUAAUCAGGUGCUUGCUCAUGUGAGUUCACUAGCUGUUCUCAACAACUGUCUAGGUGUUUCAUUGCAGUUGCAUUUUUUAGUAGUCUCUGUGGCUUUUUAUGUUUCUAUAUGCAACUUCGGCUUUCCAACUCUCAUGUACUUGAUACACAGAUAUGUUCCUCAAUAGCAGGUGCUCUUCAAGAAGUAAGGCAUGACUGA